AUGAAUUUCAGAAAUCAAAGCACAAUGCCAUUAAGCUGUACGGCGCGAGCGCUCAAAUUCUCAUUAUUCAUAUUCAAUUUGGUGUUUCUGCUUUGUGGCUUGAUAUGUCUUGGAAUUGGAUUAUGGCUAGUUCUCGACAAAUAUGCAAUUGACAAUCUUGCAUUCGCCACCGCAAAAGUUCAAGGAUACGAUCAAGAUGCUGGAUUAAGAGACUUGGCAACAAAACCAACAGCAGUCCGCCAGUUUGGAUAUUUGUUAUUCGUUGGUGGAUUUAUUGUCAUUGUAGUGGCAUUUUUGGGGUGUUGUGGUGCUGCUAAGGAAUGGAGACCACUUUUAUGUUGCUACUCAUCCUGUUUAAUGUUAAUACUUGCAAUACAAAUUGCUGCAACAAUAUACGCUUUCCUUCACAGUCACAUGUUUGAAAACGACUUUCGAGACAUUCUUCAUUCGUCGUUAAAAAUGUACAAUGGAACGGAUAACAUGAAAGUCAGCAACAAUCCUCAAGAUGGUUUGUUGGUAAAAACAGCAUGGGACAAAAUUAUGAUUGAGAAAUCGUGUUGCGGAGUAGACUCCAAAAUUGGAGAGUUCAACAAUUCCGGAUGGUAUCAGCUGAACCAUGGACGCUACCAAUUUCCACCAGCAUGUUGCCCACCUGAUGAACAUGGAAGAUUAAGACCAUACUGUAACACAAUCAUGAGACAUUCCCAUGGAUGCUACGCAAAAAUUGCGGAAUCAUUUGAAGAAGUGACAUCUCAUUUCAAGAUUGUUUCCUGGACUGUUGUAUUGUUCGCUUUGAUUCAAGUGGUUGGUAUUGUUGUUGGCUUCUGGUUAUGCGACUCAAUUACUUCCGAAGACGAAUUCUGAUUUGGCUACACCGCCUACCGGUUGUAUAACGCCACUUUAUCGUGAAUCCCAGAUACACUUCUCAGCCAUAUUCUCGAUUCUUGUCGUCUUGACAAUUUUCGAUAUUGUUCUAUUCAUUGUUGGUGUUCAAUUGUUUCGUCACAUUCGAAUUGAAAUGCUCUAUUAUUUCUAAAGGUUUAACUCACCAAUAAAAACACAUUUUCAAUUUCCAAUUGCGUUUUACUUUUUACCUCCAUUUCUAAUUCAACCCCCACUUCCCCUUAAAUUCUCCUACCAAAUCAACAUUCUACACCGGGUUUCGUCUUUCAGUAAAGCCAGUCAAGAUGAUGGAAAGCGUGACUGUCAGUCUUUUUUCCAUCACCACCUGCUUUUUCAUUUUCAAGAUCUGUUUUAUUGCCACCUACGCCACUAUCAUUACCGUACUUGGCAAAGAUCACCCCUUUGUUCGCAUCUACUUAUAAUUGUAUUGUGACAAAAUUGUAAUUUUACAUAGACAAAUGUUUAGAUGUUUUUAUUUUGUAUUAUAAAGCAAAACCGCAGUUAUUCAAAAGAUAAAACUUUUAUCUUGAAAUUUUUGGUUUCUGAGCGAUGUCAUAUUUUCAAAAAUCUGAUCAACUUCAAAUAAAUCUGUAAAGCUUUGGAUAAA